UCCUCAGCCAAAAGCAGGAGGCACAUGUCGCAGUACAGGCAGCUAUGAAGGGACAGGUGUUGGGGUACGAAUGGAGUGAAAUCCAACAACUCCAAAAGGCUGACCCCAAUAUUGGCCCUGUCUUGUGUGCUGCUAAAGCAAACGUUAAGCCAGUAGGAGAGCAGAUGCGAAGCAUGGGGCCAGUGUUGAGGAAGCUGGUUUAUCAAUGGGACCGGCUGAGGGUCCGACAAGGAGCCUUAUUUCGCUGUAUAUGGGAUCCCAGGGAUGGUGAAGAAGUUUGGCAACUGGUUGUGCCAGAAUCCCUGUGUAAGCAUGUGUUUGAAACCCAACAUGAUCACAAAGGCCAUUUUGGCGAGAGGAGCACGCUCGAGAUGAUGAGGCGAAGUUAUUACUGGCCUACGAUGUAUAAAGAUGUCCAGCAUUGGGUAAAGCAAUGCAGACGUUGUGCACUUGCUGCUGCAAAAGAAACUGCAACCCGCUGCAAAAGAACAUAUGAUCGUAAGCUCAGCGCAGCUUUAAUCAGGCCAGGUGAUCGGGUACUUAUGAGAAAUCAUAAACCAAGGGGCAGAAAUAUGAUUCAAGAUAAGUGGGAACCCGGCCCCUACUUAGUUGUCAAGCAAAAUCACCCUGACAUGCCAGUGUUCACUGUCAAACCGGAAGCUGGGGGGCCCGCUAAAGUAGUACACAGAGGACAGUUAAAACACUGUACCUUCCAGACACCAGUGAAAGAGCGCAUUGCACCAAGAGACAGAAGGAGAAUGAUAGAUUCAGACUCCGAUACUCACAAUGUAGUCUAUAUUCCCCAGAGCUCACUCGCACUAGACAUGGGUGCACACCAGAAUCAGGGUGGGGAGGAGGAGUAUAGCCAGGGGAUGGAAGGGGGCACAUCGGGGGUAGUUGUAGAGCCAUAAGCAGCACAGGUCUUAGACAGGGAUGCUGAUGAGUCAGACGUAGAUUCAAGUGAGGGUGAAUCGCAAAGGCGACCCACGAGGUGUACCAGCGGUAUAUUUCCUGUGAGAUUCAGGAAGGACUAUGUAAUGUAAAA